CGCGAAAAUCAACAACGCAGCAUUCUACUGGCGACUGACGUGAGAGCGUUGCAACUUUGCGAUUUUAUCACUAGACGUGGCGAAUUUGGGUUUCCUUGACAACAAAAGAUUGUCAGAGCGACUACCGACAAUAGUGAUUUCAGUGAAACAAGUCACCAAUCUGUAUAAUCACAAAAUAACUCAUCUGCAGUUAACUGUGAUAAAUACAAUCCAUGAUCUUAGUACAUUCUGUUGUACGCCAUUUUUACGUUAUUACGUCUACAUAGCCUUAACAAGUUGUGAUGUGAGACAAGCGGCACCUGAUGACUGUGAACAUUGUAGUUAGUUGAGGGAGUUCCAUCCACACAAUCCAGCUACAUCCAAAGAAAGGGAAUGGAACUGGAACAAGGAUAUUAUGAAGAUUUAGCAAACAUUUUUGAGGCUAACUUCUAUUGUACUUGCUGUGAAGACAAUCAAUAAACAACUAUGCCGGCAGAGAAAGCUGUUGUGACCAUUCUUCAUUUCAAUGACUGCUACAAUGUCGAAUCUCAGCCUCAAGAACCAGCUGCAGGAGCAGCCAGAUUUUGUCAUGCUCUCAAGAGCUUCAGUGACUUGGAUCCUAUGAUACUUUUUAGUGGUGACAUAUUUGCUCCAUCAUUUAUGAGCACCUUCACCAAGGGAGAACAGAUGAUACCUUCCCUCAAUGCUUUUGGUGUCCAUUGUGCUGUUUUUGGAAAUCAUGACUUUGAUUUUGGCAUAGAUAAUUUAAGCGACUUUGUGAAGCAGACAAAUUUUCCAUGGCUAAUUAGUAAUGUGAUUGACAAUGAUACUGACCAGCCUUUGGCAGAUGGCCAGACUACCUUUAUCAUCGAGAGAGGGGGAAAAAAGUUUGGGUUGAUUGGUUUGGUGGAAGAAGAAUGGUUAGCAACGCUAGCUACUAUAGAUCCAGAUGAUGUUACUUACACAGAUUUUGUAACAGAAGGCCGCAGGUUGGCUCGUCAAUUAAAGGACAAGGAGGAGGUUGAUUACGUCAUUGCUCUUACCCACAUGAGGUGGCCCAAUGAUUGUAGACUUGCUGAAAAUGUUGAUGAAAUAGAUCUUAUCCUCGGAGGUCAUGACCACGAUUAUGAAGUAAAAAAGGUCAAUGAAAAAUAUGUGAUUAAAAGUGGGACAGACUUCAGAGAAUUUUCCAAUCUCACACUGACUUUUUCUCACUCUGUUGUGGAUUUGAACAUUGAGAGGAUUGAAGUGUCAUCCAAGUUUGGAGAGGAUCCAGACUUAAAAAAACUGCUAGAGAAAUACACUGAUGUUGUAGAAGGAAAGAUGGACACACUUCUUGGCCAUUUUACUGUUGAUUUGGAUGGCCGCUUUACCAGUGUUCGAACAAAAGAGACAAAUCUAGGUAAUUUUAUUUGUGACACAAUGUUGUCCUCAACUCACUCUGAUCUGGCAAUUCUUAACUCUGGAACCUUGCGUUUAGAUAGGGUUCAUCCAGCAGGGGCUUUCACGAUGAGAGACUUAGUGACAAUGUUGCCCAUGCUGGAUCCCCUUAUCGUUGUUAAUGCUACAGGUGAACAAAUAUGGAAAGCUUUAGAGAAUUCUGUAUCUCAGUAUCCCAAGCUAGAAGGGAGAUUCCCUCAAGUUGCCGGUGUCAGUUUUGCUUUUGAUCCAAGGAAAAGUCCUGGAAGUAGAAUUGACCCCAAGUAUAUAAAAAUUGGAGAUGAGUUUUUGAAGCUUGGUCAGAAAUACAAGCUAGUGACAAAGAGCUAUCUGGCUCAAGGAAGAGAUGGAUAUGAUGCACUCAAAGAUUGUGAAGUUCUGAUGACAGAAGAGGAAAGUCCAGAGCUACGUACUGCUAUAAUAAAUCACUUUGAGUCGAUCAAAGUACUUACCGGUGCUAUCCGUCGUCGCUCUCGUCACCGUCAAAGUCUAGUGUGUUUAUCUCGAAGGCACAGUAUUGUAAAAUUGUAUGAGGACAAUAACCAUCAAAUUCAUCGUGCUCCUCUGCGACGUGGGACUAGUUUGGAUGCAGUUAGUAAACGAAACCUAUUUGUUGCUAUGAGACAACCAUCACUUGAUGACAUAGAACAAGAAACAUGCAAGUUGGAUCCAAAAGAAGAUGGUCGAAUUUCUAUCUUGACUGGAGAGGUCAGAGAAAAACUGGAGCAAGAGAGAGAGGAACAAAUGAGUCACUUUAUGGACGAGGUGAUAGAAGAAGAGUCAUCUUUUGGCAGUUUCGACAAAAACUAGCAAAGCCUCAUUCCUAAGCCCUUAACAAUUUUUUUCCUGUGUGUAUAUAAAUUAUAUAUAAGCACAAUUUAAAUAUAUUAGUUCUAUCUUGAUUUUAAAAUAAUUACAGGCACGUCGUCUAUUGUAAAGAAUUAUGAAUUUAAUGUACUUUCAAGCCUGUAAACGGUUUUUGAAGAGAGAUGUUAUCCAAUGCCAAUAUUUUAGAGCUACAAAUUACUUGACAUAUAGUCUAGUUUUGCUUGACUAUACUCUUGAGCUUCAAACUUCUUAUUGAACUAAAAACAAAUUAUUGACAAUAUUGCUGUGCUUUAAAUUAAAGUUUUGAUUAGUUGAAAAAUGUUACGUAUUACCUAUGAGUAGUAUUUUUGGGUUUACAGAAUGGAAAGUAUUUUAAAAUGUGUUUUAUAUGUAUUAAUAUUAAGCAUAAUCGUUAUACUAUGUAGAUUUGAAUAUGUAUAAAUGACAUACUGGACCGGGAACGUACUUCUUUCCAAUUUAAAACUUGUUGAUUGAUUUUCGCACGUGGUAAAAGUCGCAAUAUAUUUAUUAAAUAAACCCCUAUUAUGAGUUUUAAGCAACCAUUACUUUUUGUUUUUAACCUGUUAAAAUUGUGUCUUUUUUGAAGAUUAUUGUCACCAUGCUUUAAAAUCUGUAGUUUUAACUACUUGUUUGGGUGUAAAAUGAUUAAUUCCGAAGUUAUAGAUAAUUUAUAACAUCCACGUGUGUUAAAGUUAGUGUAUAAAAUGUAUGGAUUAUACAUCUUGAUGAAAGAAAAAUCUUAUUGCACUAAAUUAGUAAAUUGUUUAACAAUUUAGAAUUAGUCGUUAUAUAUAUAUCCAAACAAAGAAAAAUAUGUCCAGAAUAUUCCAAUUAUAAUUAGUGGUGUUAAACAACAAAAAAUAAUUUGAAUAUAUUAAAAGUAUUCUGGUAAAAAUAUUAGACUUGCAAAAUAAAUAUCUCAAAUUUCCGAACGCUAUGGUCGACCCCCCCUCCCCUACAAAAAGCUGGAAACAUUCAUGAUUUAAAAUAUAGAGUAAUUUCGACGUUCACAAGGAAGCGAUUGGUAAGAUAGCUUAUCGCUUUUGAUUUGAUUUAUUAUUCAUUCAUAUUAGUUAUUUCUUCUUUUUUUACCCAAGUGGAAGAUAAAGCUAAGUACGGCAAAAUUUAUUAUUAAAGCUGAAAUAUACUAUCACAUAACAUGUAAUUAUUGUAAAAAAUCUUAUCAUACAAGUACUUUAAAUUCAAUAAAAAUACUGAUAUAGGUGUAAGCUAUAUCUAAACUGUUAGAUUGAAGUGAAAUAAGAGUUCAGCAAAAUGGCGUACAUAGUAUACAAGAGUAUGUUACUUUUAUAUGUACAUAGUGCAAGGAAAUGUUAAUAAAUCUAUAGUAUAUGCAACGUUAAACCUAGCAAACACAAGAUGAAAAAUAAAACCAUCAAUAUAAAACAUCCAAACAGUCCAUUUGAUUUCAGAUCGCCAUGUUUAAGUUACCUAGUAAAUUUAGGCUGUCAAUUAUAACUGGUUCAUUUAGUGGAAUUCUUGUCAAAUCUAUGUUGUAUGUUAAAGCCCAUUUGGUGUAAAGGUGCCAAGUAUAAGUUGUUUGUAAAAUCCAUGUGUUAUAAAUCUUACCAAGUCUGUGUUGCCUGUUAAAGUCCAUUUGGCGUAAAGGUGCCAAGUAUAAGUUGUCUGUUAAAUUAUUGUGUUAUAAAUCUUACCAGGUCUAUGCCAGUUAAAUUCCAUUUGGUGUAAAGUUGCCAAGUAUAAGUUGUCUGUUAAAUCCAUAUGUUAUAAAUCUUACCAGGUCUAUGCCAGUUAAAUUCCAUUUGGUGUAAAGUUGCCAAGUAUAAGUUGUCUGUUAAAUCCAUAUGUUAUAAAUCUUACCAGGUCUAUGCCAGUUAAAUUCCAUUUGGCGUAAAGGUGCCAAGUAUAAGUUGUCUGUUAAAUUAUUGUGUUAUAAAUCUUACCAGGUCUAUGCCAGUUAAAUUCCAUUUGGUGUAAAGUUGCCAAGUAUAAGUUGUCUGUUAAAUCCAUAUGUUAUAAAUCUUACCAGGUCUAUGCCAGUUAAAUUCCAUUUGGUGUAAAGGUGCCAAGUAUAAGUUGUCUGUUAAAUCCAUGUGUUAUAAAUUUAACCAAGGCUAUGUUGCUUGUUAAGUUCCAUUCGGUGUAAAGGUGCCAAGUGUAAAUUGCCUGUUAAAUUCUCGUGUUAUAAAUUUUGCCAAGUCUAAGCUGCCUGUUAAAGCCCAUUUCUUUGUACAGUUAUCAAUUGUAAGUUGUCUGUUAAAUCCAUAUGUUAUAAAUUUUACCAAGUCUAUGCUACCUGUUAAAGUCUAUUUGAUGUAAAGGUGUCAAAUCUGUUGAUCCAAACUAGUUAUCUGUAUCUUUAUUCGUAAGGUGUCAUUCGCUAUUUCUUAAAGCCAGAAAAUAAUUUUACUUUCAACUAACUGGGAUGAAGCAAACAAACAAAUCGGUCGAUUAACUGGUCUGUCUGAUCUAUGAUUAGUGAGGUGUAUCGUUCAGUCCUUUUGUUUUUGACGUUAGGAUUCUUUGAAUGGUACUUGUUAGAGUGAAUGCUCAGGAUUGUUCUCUUUCGCCAAUGAGUACAGCUCAUAGUUCAGUGGUUCUCAAACUUAUUAGGUUCAAGUACUACCUUUUUUUAUAUAUAUAAACCCAAUUUUAAAGAAAACGAAAACCUAGUAGCAAAAGUUAAUAUUUUUACACAAUUACCUCUUAAUAGAAAUGACGUGAUUGUUUUUUCUGGCACAAUUGAGGAAUAUGAUUUUUGUCAAUUUAACGGGAAGAAAACACUGGCGAGUCUAGAAGUGAGGAGAAUAGUGUGCAUAUUUUGCAUAUGAAUAGAUUUUAAUAACCUCUAAGUCAAUGUCAUUUGUUAUGUAUUUUUUAGUAUUUUAGCUAUAUUUCCUCAUGAAUGUAUUUUGACAGUUAAAAAUGGGUCGUAUUCAAGUUUCUAUCGAGUUUUCAAGGUCAUGAUGAAGGUAAAGCUGGAAGUGAGUUCUUGAAUGAAAAAGUUUCCCUUUUUUAUUGUCGCAUUAAAAUUAGUCUUAGCUGCUACGUAGAAUAUUUUAGACAAAGAAUGUAGUAAAUCCCAAAAUUAUUUAUGUUUGUCCUUUGGCAUAAUCCAUUCAUUAAUUUUAAGACUAAAGACAUUCUAACAGCGUUUUGUUUGUAAAAGAAAUUUUGUGGGGAAAUAUGAUGCCUGUAAGUAUCCCCGUAGUUUAGUUUUUGAACCAAAAGGAAGAAGCAGAUUGGAGAACUUGCUUAUGGUACCAUAAGAUUGAUGUUGAACUUCAGGUUCAGUUUCACCGAAGAAAUGAUUUUAAAGACAAGUUUCUUAAGCAGUAUUCAUCCUAAGCUAUGCUCUGUAGAUCGGUGGUUCUCAAAGAUAAGUUUCUUAAGCAGUAUUCGUCCUAUGCUAUGUGUUGAAGAUCGGUGGUUCUCAGCCUUUUACAGUAAUGUACCCUUAGUUAAUUUUCAACACUAUCAUGUAUCCCCGCAGUGGCGCCAUCAGAAAUCAGCGUGUGUUUGAGUAAUUUUGUACCCCAUGUAUCCCCGGUUGAAAACCACUGCUAUAAACAGAUGUCUAAAAAAAUUACUAUAAAAUUUGUUUUAUGUUUUUACUUGGUGCUUAAGAAUAUGAUAUUCCGUGGACCGGGGUCUCGAAAUUACACUUAAUUAUGCAACACAAUAGAAUAGUAAGAUACUGGAUAUAGUUAAUUCUAACGUUUUCUUUCGUGCAUUUGUAUGAUUGUAUUGUUGUUUAUUUUUAUAAAACAAUUUUAUGAUGCCAUUUUCUUAAACACCAGUAUUAUAUAGUAGAUUUUAAUACCAAUGCUGUAGAGUAUAGAUGAAAGUUUUUGUUUCGUAUAUACGAGAAAAAUGAUUCUAUUCAUUAGUACUUUUAUGUGUGCGAUUGUCUGCUCAACAAUAUUUGACACUUAUUAAACCUUACUAGGAUCAUAACUUCAGAUUGUAUUGUAUGUCGGACCUUGUAUGAUGGUAUGUCAUUGAUGCUUUUGAGCUUAAUUAGUCCAAUAAUGAAAACUUAGAGAAUCGAAUCAGAAGGCACUAAAAGAGUUGACAGUGCACGUGACCAAUUACUGAAAUUCUGAAUGGUCACUUAUCUUUUCUCACUAAGGAAAUAUGACUGUAGCUUUCAUGAUAGCGAAAGCAAUGUUUUAUUAACCGUCUUUUUGACUCUUUAUUUCUUAAUAACUUAAGUCCUUGCAUAACAUCCAAACGUUUAUAUAUAUAUCUUUAUACACAUGCCUUUUAUAUUUGUGUAAAAAGGGUACUUGUUUUUCAACAUUUGUGUGUAAGCUCAAGUCCCUAAACCAAAGUAUCUCCACUUUUUUUUUGAAAAAUUACUGUAAAAUAAAAUGUGUUAACUCACACUAUAUAAAAUAAAAGCCAACUAUAACCAGCUGAUAA